AUGCGGGGCGCGGCGCUGACACUGGCCGCGCUGGUGGCACUGGGCGCGCGUGGUGCGGCGGGCGGCUGCGGCGUGGCGGAGUUCGCGUGCCGGGGUGGGCCGUGCGUGCGUGCGGACGCGUACUGCGACGGCGAGGCGCAAUGUGCGGACGGCAGCGACGAGCCGGCCGGGUGCUCGGUGUGCAACCGCACGUACUACGGGCGUGCGGGCGUGGCGUACAGCGUGGCACUGCGCGGCGCGCCGCGAGCGCCCUUCCUGUGCCACCUGACGUUCACUGCAGGCGGUGGAGCGCACGGGGACCUGGUGCAGCUGGCGUUUGACGAGUUCCGCGUGGGGCGCUACGAGGCGGGCGCUCUGGACGGCUGCCCCGACGGUUACAUGCAGCUAUCGGAAUUGGGCCGGCCCUUCACGGGCGGCUCGUGGUGCGGGGCAGCGGACGGCGCGGCGCUCUACUAUAGCGAGACGGCCACAGUAACCGUCUCCGUCAAACUGUUCCGCGCGAGGCUCGGGGAGCCUUUCGGCUUUCGGCUGCGAUAUAAAUUUCUGGCGCAACGCGAUGCAAUCGUCAGGUUUGGCGCAGUAGGCGCGCCACUAGAGCGCGGCGCGGUGGCACCCGGCACCUACUGUACGCGCACCUACGAGGAGUGCCACCGCAAGCGCUGCCGGCUCCAGAGCCCCAACUACCCUGGCAUGUACCCACGGAACGUGACUUGUUAUUGGAGUCUGCGGCAGAAGGACAUCCCGACGUGCAAACACGCGAUGCUCUCGGUGCGCCAGGACCACUCGCACAAGAUGCAGAUCAAGCGCUCCAUAUCGAUGGCUAGUUUAAACAAGACGGGGCGGGCGGUGCGCGCGUGGCGCGAGUGCACGGGCGAGCGCGACCGGCUCAUCUUCUACGACGGCGCGUCCACCGACGACCCCGUACUCAUCGAAUACUGCGGCGGCGACUGGCUGCCGCGCGUCACCUCGCGCGGGCCCGAAAUGCUGGUCGCCUUCCACUCGUCGCCGUUCAGCGCGCCCCCGCGCCCCGCCGCUCCCGCCGCGCCUCUAAGGGGCUUCGAACUUGACGUCGAUGUCGUUUUUGCCGAUUCUGAUUCACUCGAUUACGCUCGAGAAGCGAGACGUUGCGAGUUCCAUGUCAAGGCCUCUUCAUCGGAAGAGGAAACGAACGCCACAUCGGCAGGUGGGCGAGGGCGCCGCGGCCGCCUGCACGCGCCCACGCACACGCUACCGCCCAACACCACUUGCACGUGGACGUUUCACGGUCGACCAGGCGACCUCGUCUGGAUAUACUUUUCGAGCUUCACACAAUACUCGUUGGUCGAACCGAAGCGAGUCGAAAACGGCGAACGCGACGAAGAACCGACUGCAACUUUGUCUCCGAGGCCGCUCUUGCAGGCUGGCGGGAUGCGCGGUGGCGGAGCGGGCCUGGGUGGCGGCUGUGCCGUGGAGCUGCGCAUCUGGGACGGCGGGGGGGAAGGCGAGACGGGUGCGCGGCCGCUCGGGCGCUACUGCGACGCAGCGCCGGCGCUGUGCGCGCGUGCGGCGCUCGCGAACGCGACGCGCUCGCCGCGCCCUUGCGCGCCCCCCGACGGCUACGUGUCGACGGCGCCGCUGCUUACGAUGGCGGCCACUUCUGCGCCGGGAACGGCCACUCAUCCGCUCACGUUUUCUUUACAUUACGAAUUCGUAGACGCCCGGCUGGAAGGUGCGCCGUUGUCCCUCGCCGAAUCGGGCGGUUUGAGUGUCGAGCCGCCGGAAUGCUCUAGACGACUGACCGUUCCGGGACUUUUCGCAUCGCCACGUAAUGCUCUAUGGUUCGGGCGCGGGGGCGCUCGUCGCUUGCGAUGUCUCUACAGAUUGGAAACGGAAGGCGACCGAGUGGAGCUACGACUACUCGCGGCAGCCUUCGGUAGAUCGCCGCGUUGCACCACCAGAGUGGAUUCGGUGACCGGGCGACUCGUCUGCGCGCCGGACCCGCCGGAGCCGGGAGAAUUGAGACCCAGCGAAGCGCCUUUCGACGGCGAAGAGGACGAUGACUUAUUUCGAGUGCCACAUUUACGGAUAUAUGAGUCGCCUUGGGCGGGGUACCGAGUGCCGGUGGCGUGCGUGUGCGACAAUUCCACCGCGCCGGUGACCGUCAGCUCGGGGGGUCCGGCGCUCGAGCUGGAGCUGGUAGCCGGCAACCUGCUGGCCGCGGAGGACCAGCGCCACGUGCAUUUCCGCGGCGAGUGGGCGCGUACCGCGGCACCGGCGUGCGCCGCUCGCCGCCGUCUGCCGCCGCCCGGCCGCACCAUACAUCUAGAUUACCCAUAUAAUGUGAACAAGAUGUCGGAAUGUGGGGAAACACCUUUCCUAUUGACGGCGCGCGGCAACCGGUCGGUGUUCUUGCGCGUGUGGGGAGAAGAGCUGUCGCUGGCGGGGGCGGAGGCGGGGGCGGGGGCGGAGGGGCACUGCGUCACGAACAACCGCGUGCUCGUGUACGACGCUCACUCCGCUCGGCUGGUGAAGGCGGUGUGCCCCGGCGAGCAGGUGGGGCGCACCGUGCACGUGUUCACACCGGAGUGGUGGGCGCGCGGGGCGAGCGCGGGGGGUGCGGGGGGCGCGGCGGGCGGCGGGCGCGGGGCGGCGCUGCUGGUGGUGUGGGCGGCGCGCGAGCCCGGAGCCGCCACCUUCACCUGGAUGGAGGUGUGGCGCGCGGGACCGGGCGUCAACACGAGCGCCUGCGCUCACCCGUGCGAGGCCCUGGGCGCGUGCAUGCCGGGCGCGCUGUGGUGCGACGGGCGCGUCGACUGCCCGGGCGGCGGGGACGAGCGCGGCGCAUGCGGCGCGGGCGCGCGGCUGCUGGCGGUGCUGGCGGCGCCGGCGGCGGCGGGCGCGGCGCUGGCGGCGGGCGUGGUGUUGACGCUGGGGCUGCUGGCCGUGCUGGCGGUGCGGCGCGCGCGCGCUCGCGACAAGCGUCCGCUGGCCGCGCUGGCCGCCGGCCGCCGCCUCACGGACGAGCUGCUGUUCGACGCCUCGCGGACCUCCUCCUCGGCCUCCUCCUGACGGCGGGAGCGCUCCGUCGAGUACAUCCACGUGGACCGCGAGACCACGGUCUGACGGAGCGCCCCGCCCUCGCCCGCGUCCGACGCUCGCUCUAUGUGAAAUCGCGGCGACUCGGAACUCGGAACUGUAGAGACGUAUAUGUAUGUGAAUUCGAGAGUGAGGUCGCGGCGCGAAAGUGUGGAGCGACCGAACUGAGGAGCGAUGGCGCAGCAUCAUGUAAAUUAUGUAAAAAUCCUAGCGUGUUAUAGAACCGGUGGGCCGCGCCCGCGCCGCGACCUCCGCCUGUACAGCUUUAAGGUACUUACGGUCGUAGUGUACACUUUGUGAUCCAUUUAAUUCUAGAAAUAUUUGAAUUUGUUUGUCGAUGUAUGGAUAUAUACAUAAUAUAUAAAUAUAAUAUUAUCUUGGUAUUGAAAUCACGAACAGCAAUAAUAAUAGAUCCAAUGAGUGCAGUUCCGGUGCCCGUUGUACUUGUGUGGAAGAUGUGACAUAAAUGACUGUUACGGAGCUGUGCUGUGUCAGGUUGGGCCGGCUCGGGGCGGCCAGGCGACCGCAACUCGUCUGAUUAGUGCAUACAUACACAAUUGUAUUUUAUUUUGUAUUCGUUUCCUAAUUUCUCUACUAUUAUGUACGAUCUGUAAACAUUUUUCGAUAAACUGUCCCG